CGGGAGCGAGGGAGCGGAGGAGGUAGAGAAGAGCGGAGGACAGGGGAGGGAGCGCAGCUUGGUUGCUCCGUAGUACGGCGGCUCGCGAGGGAGGAUCCCGAGCGGGCUCCGGGACGCACGGAGGGGCGGGCGGGGAUGGUGUGCGGGGCUGCGGCUCCUGCGUCCCCUCCCGCUGUGAGUGAGCGGCACUGAUUUGUCCCUGGGGCGGCAUCGUGGACCCGCCUGGAGAUGAGUAUCUCGUGCUUGACACAUAAUGUUGUGAAUCAACAAUUGUAAGGGUCGUAGGUGACAUCUGCGUCGAUUAGCAAGGUGAAAGUAACAGAACCAUGGCUCAGUUUCUAACACCUUUUGGUGGUAGCCUGGAUGUUUGGACCAUAACUGUAGAUGAAAGAGCAAAGCAUGAUCAGCAGUUCCAUAGUUUAAAGCCAAUAUCUGGAUUUAUUACUGGUGAUCAAGCUAGAAACUUUUUUUUUCAAUCUGGGUUACCUCAACCUGUUUUAGCACAGAUAUGGGCACUCGCUGAUAUGAAUAAUGAUGGAAGGAUGGAUCAAGUGGAGUUUUCCAUAGCGAUGAAGCUCAUCAAACUGAAGCUGCAAGGGUAUCAGCUCCCCUCCACACUUCCCCCUGUCAUGAAACAGCCACCAAUUACUAUUUCUCGUGCACCAGCGUUCGGUAUGGGCGCUAUCGCCAGCAUGCCGCCGCUGACCGGUGUCGCUCCAGUGCCAAUGAGUUCCAUUCCUGUCGUGGGAAUGUCACCCCCCCUAGUUUCCUCUGUUCCUGCAGCAGGAGUGCCUCCCCUGGCUAAUGGGGCGCCCCCCGUCAUACAGCCUCUGUCUGCAUUCGCUCAUCCCGCAGCCACAUUGCCAAAGAGUUCUUCCUUUAGUAGAUCUGGUCCAGGGUCACAGUUAAACACUAAACUACAGAAGGCACAAUCAUUUGAUGUGGCUAGUGUCCCUCCCGCAGCUGAGUGGGCUGUUCCUCAGUCCUCCAGACUGAAAUACAGACAGUUAUUCAACAGUCAUGACAAAACCAUGAGUGGACACUUAACAGGUCCCCAAGCAAGAACUAUUCUUAUGCAAUCAAGUUUACCACAAGCUCAGCUGGCUUCAAUAUGGAAUCUUUCUGACAUUGAUCAAGAUGGAAAACUCACAGCAGAAGAAUUUAUCCUGGCUAUGCACCUAAUUGAUGUAGCUAUGUCUGGCCAGCCACUGCCACCGGUCCUGCCCCCAGAAUACAUUCCACCUUCCUUUAGAAGAGUUCGAUCUGGCAGUGGUAUAUCUGUCAUAAGCUCAACUUCGGUAGACCAGAGGUUACCAGAGGAACCAGUUUUAGAAGAUGAACAGCAACAACUAGAAAAGAAAUUACCUGUCACCUUUGAAGAUAAGAAGCGUGAGAACUUCGAGCGCGGCAACCUGGAACUGGAGAAGCGGAGACAAGCGCUCCUGGAGCAGCAGCGCCAGGAGCAGGAGCGCCUGGCGCAGCUGGAGCGGGCGGAGCAGGAGAGGAGGCAGCGGGAGCGCCAGGAGCAGGAGCGCAAGCGGCAGCUGGAGCUGGAGCGGCAGCUGGAGCAGCAGCGGGAGCUGGAGCGGCAGAGAGAGGACGAGCGCAGGAGAGAGAUCGAGAGGCGCGAGGCUGCGAAACGGGAGCUUGAAAGGCAACGGCAGCUUGAAUGGGAACGGAAUCGAAGACAAGAACUGUUAAAUCAAAGAAACAAAGAACAAGAGGACAUAGUUGUGCUGAAAGCAAAGAAAAAGACUUUGGAAUUUGAAUUAGAAGCUCUAAAUGAUAAAAAGCAUCAGCUAGAAGGAAAACUUCAAGAUAUCAGAUGUCGAUUGACGACCCAAAGGCAAGAAAUUGAGAGCACAAACAAAUCUAGAGAGUUGAGAAUUGCUGAAAUUACCCAUCUACAGCAACAAUUACAGGAGUCUCAGCAAAUGCUUGGAAGACUUAUUCCAGAAAAACAGAUACUCAAUGACCAAUUAAAACAAGUUCAGCAGAACAGUUUGCACAGAGAUUCACUUCUUACACUCAAAAGAGCCUUAGAAGCAAAAGAACUAGCUCGGCAGCAGCUACGAGACGAACUGGAUGAAGUGGAGAAAGAAACUAGAUCAAAACUACAGGAGAUUGAUAUUUUCAAUAAUCAACUGAAGGAACUAAGAGAAAUACAUAAUAAGCAGCAGCUCCAGAAACAGAAGUCCAUAGAGGCUGAACGACUGAAACAGAAGGAACAAGAGCGAAAGAUCAUAGAAUUAGAAAAACAAAAAGAGGAAGCCCAAAGACGAGCCCAGGAAAGGGACCAGCAGUGGCUGGAGCACAUGCAACAAGAGGAUGAGCAUCAAAGGCCAAGAAAACCCCACGAGGAGGAAAAGCUCAAAAGGGAAGAGAGUGUCAAAAAGAAGGACAGUGAGGAAAAGGGCAAACAGGAAAUGCAAGACAAGCUGAGUCGGCUUUUCCAUCAACAUCAAGAACCAGCUAAGCCAGCUGUCCAGGCACCCUGGUCCACCGCAGGAAAAGGCCCACUUACAAUUUCUGCGCAGGAGAAUGUAAAAGUGGUGUAUUACCGAGCACUGUAUCCCUUUGAGUCCAGAAGUCACGAUGAAAUCACGAUCCAGCCGGGAGACAUAGUCAUGGUGGAUGAAAGCCAAACUGGAGAACCGGGAUGGCUUGGAGGAGAAUUAAAAGGAAAGACAGGAUGGUUCCCUGCAAACUAUGCAGAGAAAAUCCCAGAAAACGAGGUUCCCGCCCCAGUCAAACCAGUGACAGAUGCCGCCUCCACCCCUGCACCCAAACUGGCUGUACGUGAGACCCCCGCUCCUUUGACGGUGACGUCUGCAGAGCCUUCCACGACCCCCAACAACUGGGCCGACUUCAGCUCCACGUGGCCCACCAGCAUGAAUGAGAAACCAGAAACGGACAACUGGGACGCGUGGGCAGCCCAGCCCUCCCUCACGGUUCCAAGCGCCGGGCAGUUGAGGCAGAGAUCGGCCUUCACCCCAGCCACGGCCACGGGCUCCUCGCCAUCUCCUGUUUUAGGCCAGGGUGAAAAGGUGGAGGGACUACAAGCGCAAGCCCUGUAUCCUUGGAGAGCCAAGAAGGACAACCACCUAAAUUUUAACAAAAAUGAUGUCAUCACCGUCCUGGAGCAACAAGACAUGUGGUGGUUUGGAGAAGUUCAAGGCCAGAAGGGCUGGUUCCCCAAGUCCUACGUGAAACUCAUUUCAGGGCCCGUAAGGAAAUCUGCAAGCAUGGAUUCUGGUUCUUCAGAAAGUCCUGCUAGUCUAAAGAGAGUGGCUUCCCCAGCAGCCAAGCCGGCCGUGUCAGGAGAAGAAUUUAUUGCCAUGUACACUUACGAGAGUUCUGAGCAAGGCGAUUUAACCUUUCAGCAAGGGGAUGUGAUUUUGGUUACCAAGAAAGAUGGUGACUGGUGGACAGGAACAGUGGGCGACAAGUCCGGAGUCUUCCCUUCUAACUAUGUGAGGCUUAAAGAUUCAGAGGGCUCUGGAACUGCUGGGAAAACAGGGAGUUUAGGAAAAAAACCUGAAAUUGCCCAGGUGAUCGCCUCCUACACGGCUACUGGUCCCGAGCAGCUUACCCUGGCCCCCGGUCAGCUGAUUUUGAUUCGAAAAAAGAACCCAGGUGGAUGGUGGGAAGGAGAGCUGCAAGCACGUGGGAAAAAGCGCCAGAUAGGCUGGUUCCCUGCUAAUUAUGUCAAACUGUUAAGCCCUGGCACGAGCAAAAUCACUCCAACAGAGCCACCUAAGCCGACGGCGUCCCCAGCAGUGUGCCAGGUGAUUGGGAUGUACGACUACAGCGCGCAGAAUGACGACGAGCUGGCCUUCAACAAGGGCCAGAUCAUCAACGUCCUCAACAAGGAGGACCCCGACUGGUGGAAGGGAGAGGUCCACGGGCAGGUGGGGCUCUUCCCGUCCAACUACGUGAAGCUGACCACAGACACGGACCCCAGCCAGCAAUGGUGUUCAGACUUACACCUCUUGGACAUGUUGACCCCAACUGAGAGAAAGCGACAGGGGUACAUCCACGAGCUCAUUGUCACGGAGGAGAACUACGUAAAUGACCUGCAGCUGGUCACGGAGAUUUUUCAGAAACCCCUGAUGGAGUCUGAGCUGCUGACAGAAAAAGAGGGUGCUAUGAUUUUUGUUAACUGGAAGGAGCUGAUUAUGUGUAAUAUCAAACUACUGAAAGCACUGAGAGUUCGCAAGAAGAUGUCUGGGGAGAAGAUGCCUGUGAAGAUGAUCGGGGACAUCCUGACCGCCCAGCUGCCGCACAUGCAGCCCUACAUCCGCUUCUGCAGCUGCCAGCUCAACGGGGCUGCCUUGAUCCAGCAGAAGACAGACGAGGCCCCAGACUUCAAGGAGUUUGUCAAAAGGCUGGCCAUGGACCCUCGCUGUAAGGGAAUGCCACUCUCUAGUUUUAUUCUGAAGCCUAUGCAACGGGUAACAAGAUACCCAUUGAUCAUUAAAAAUAUCCUGGAAAACACUCCUGAAAACCACCCGGACCACAGCCACUUGAAGCACGCCCUGGAGAAGGCGGAGGAGCUAUGCUCCCAGGUGAACGAAGGGGUGCGGGAGAAGGAGAACUCGGACCGGCUGGAGUGGAUCCAGGCCCAUGUGCAGUGUGAAGGCCUGUCUGAGCAACUUGUGUUCAAUUCAGUGACCAAUUGCUUGGGGCCACGCAAGUUUCUGCACAGUGGGAAACUCUACAAGGCCAAGAGCAACAAGGAGCUGUAUGGCUUCCUCUUCAACGACUUCCUCCUGCUGACCCAAAUCAUAAAGCCCCUGGGCUCUUCAGGCACUGACAAAGUCUUCAGCCCCAAAUCAAACCUGCAGUAUAAGAUGUACAAAACACCUAUUUUCCUAAAUGAGGUGUUGGUAAAACUACCUACUGACCCUUCUGGGGAUGAACCCAUCUUCCACAUUUCCCACAUCGACCGAGUCUACACCCUCCGAGCAGAAAGUAUAAACGAAAGGACUGCCUGGGUGCAGAAAAUCAAAGCUGCUUCUGAACUCUACAUAGAGACGGAGAAGAAGAAGAGGGAGAAGGCAUACCUAGUCCGUUCCCAAAGGGCCACAGGCAUUGGAAGGUUGAUGGUGAACGUGGUUGAAGGCAUUGAGCUGAAACCCUGUCGGUCACAUGGAAAGAGUAACCCGUACUGUGAGGUGACCAUGGGUUCCCAGUGUCACAUCACCAAGACGAUCCAGGACACUCUGAAUCCCAAGUGGAAUUCCAACUGCCAAUUCUUCAUCAAAGACUUGGAGCAGGAGGUCCUGUGCAUCACCGUGUUUGAGAGGGACCAGUUCUCUCCAGACGAUUUUUUGGGUCGGACGGAGAUUCGUGUAGCCGACAUCAAGAAGGACCAGGGUUCUAAGGGUCCGGUUACGAAGUGUCUCCUGCUGCACGAAGUUCCCACGGGAGAGAUUGUGGUCCGCUUGGACCUGCAGUUGUUUGAUGAGCCCUAGGGAGCUGGCCCAGGGCGUGCUUG